AGACUAGCGGGAGGUAUCUUUGAAGUGAGGGGAGUUGUAUGCUCCUGCUCAUAACUGAAAGAAUAAUAUUCCAUGCGCUGGUGUGUGGGUGCCGAUGGAUUGAUGAAUUGAAGUUGCGCGUUGUCGGAAAUUUAUGCUUUUAUUUUUUUCUGCUGGGAUGAUUUUUCUUUUUUUGGUGCUAAGUAAUGAAACGAUAAAUUAAAAAAAAAAAUUGUGCUCGUCAAGUAUAUGGAAAUGUGAACAUUUUAAACUCCUUUUUGAUGAAGUGAUUCAUUGUUUGAUUUUGGUGAUGAACAUUUGAUGGACAUCACAAUGGAGGAAAAAACACUUUUUGCAUCGUUUUUGCUUUCAGUCAACAUGGUUAAAGUAAUCUAUCAGGAAAAAAUGAAAGUUAUCCUUCGGUAAGAUGGGCGAAUUCACAUUACAUUCAGAAACAAGUUGACUGAAACCGGAACUGAAGAAGAAACAAUGAAAGAAGGAAGAAGCAUUAUGCUUUGUCCAAGGCCAAAGGACUGCUUACGGGAAAGAAAAAUGAUUAUUCAAUGCCAUUACCGCAACAGAACUGAACCAUUUUCAUUGUGCCCCAUUGUGAUAGUGAUAAUUUUCAUCCUUACUUUUUGCUCAACUUUAUGUACAGCUGCAAUCGACUUGGAAGAAUGCUCAGGUGCUCUAGGAAUGGAAUCAGAAGCUAUAAAAAAUGAAGACAUUAAUGCAAGUUCAUCAUAUAUUUUAGCUAGUGUAGGACCUCAAAAUGCUAGGCUUAACAAAGAAUUGAAUGGUGGAGCUUGGUGUCCAAAGCCUCAAAUAUCAAAGGAAGUCUUAGAAUACUUAGAGAUAUCCCUUAAUUCUUUGCACGUGAUUACAGAAGUAGCUACACAAGGCCGUUUCGGUAAUGGUCAAGGCUUGGAAUUUGCCGAAGAAUAUAUGCUAGAAUACUGGAGACCAGGGUUAUCGAGGUGGUUGAGGUAUCGAAAUGCCUUAGGACAAGAGGUUAUUAAAGGAAAUACGAACACUUACACAGUGGUGAAGAGAAAAUUGAAUCCCAUCCUCAUUGCUUCCAAGAUUCGAUUUAUUCCGUUUAGCGUUCACCUUAGAACAGUCUGCAUGAGAGUAGAAAUUUAUGGUUGCCCUUACAUAGAUGGCCUGCUGUCAUAUUCGACGCCUCAAGGAGAAAGACGAGGUGUGGAAGUUGAUCUAUCCGAUAUGACGUAUGACGGCAUUAAAGAUGACAGUUACUUGCACGGGGGCCUAGGGCAACUGACGGACGGGGUAGUAGGAGAUGACAAUUUCAAACAUGAUAUUUCAGGAAUGGGCAGAGGCUACGAAUGGGUCGGAUGGAAAAACGAUUCAUCGUACGCACGACCGGUCGAAAUGAUCUUCGCCUUUGACCAAGUCCGAAACUUCACGGCAGCCUAUUUCUUCUGCAACAACAUGCAUACGAAGGAAGUUCAAGUCUUCGCUUCUGCUAAGAUCUGGUUCAGCAUCGGCGGGAAACAUUUUCCUGGACCACCAGUCAAUUUUUCUUACAUGGCCGAUUUUUUCUUCGAGAAAGCGAGAAACGUUACCAUAUCACUCUACCAGAAAGUUGGGAAAUUUGUAAAAGUAGAACUCAGUUUUGCUUCAAAAUGGAUGCUCAUCAGUGAAGUUGCUUUUAAUUCAGUUCCUGCUGUUGGAAAUUUUACGGAAGAAGAGCAACCUGCAGCACCCCCCAUAGUGAGUACAGCCAUGAGUGAAGACGCUCUCACCAAUCAGUAUGUUGGUUUGGUCAUCGGUGUGCUUGCAGCGGUUAUACUUCUAUUAAUUGUUGUCAUAUUUAUUAUCAUUGCUCGAAAUAAGAGAAGAAAACAUACUACACCUCAUACAAUACUAAAACCAGUUGAUAACAGAGUUACUAUAAACAUGAAGGAUUUAGGUCUAAGUUAUUCACAGUGUUCCCCCUUGGCCUGCCAGUCAAAUGGUACGAUAUAUGGACAUCAGGUUGUCUUGGAUGAUGCGGAUCCUGAUAAGCUGCUGUAUCAAGAGCCUCAAGAUUUUAAAAUUCCUUAUCAUGGAACAUAUAGCAAUGAAUCGACGACAUCUAGAGAAUAUGCUGUUCCAGAUGUCACAAAAAGCACAUCUCCGAACCCAUCCAUCCACCCGCCACCAACUCCAUCGAACAAACCUGCUUUUCCUCAGACAUUGCCAAAGCCACUGCAGAAGCCUCCGUCAGAAAGAUACUACGCAGCCACAGAUGUGGUCAAGAUGCCAAAUCUUCAAGGAGUUAGCGGAAAUACUGUGUAUGCGGUGCCUAGUGUUGAUCUGCUUAGUCGAGACGAUAGCCCAGUCAGAGAGAUACCAAGGCAUAGGCUGCAUUAUAUAGAAAAGUUAGGCGAAGGACAGUUUGGAGAGGUACACCUUUGCGAGGCCGAAGGAAUACCACAACUGGUAGAUGUUCCUUGCUACGGAAGUAAGACCCUGGUUGCAGUUAAAACCCUCAGGAAAAAUGCAUCAGAACAAGCUAGGAACGACUUUUAUAAGGAAAUCAAGAUUCUGUCAAGGAUACGAGAUCCAAAUAUAGUGCAUGUGCUAGGAGUGUGUACAAAAGACGAACCCCUGUGUAUGACAGUGGAGUACAUGGAAAAUGGAGACCUCAAUCAAUAUUUACAACAACAUGUGCCUGAAAACAUUAUCAGUUCUCCAUUCAAGCCAAAUUCACAUAAAGUUUUGAGCUAUGGCAGCCUGAUUUUUAUGGCAACUCAGAUAGCUUCCGGCAUGAAGUACCUGGAAUCACUGAAUUUUGUGCACAGGGACUUGGCAACUCGCAACUGCCUAGUGGGCAAAGCCUAUACCAUCAAAAUAGCAGACUUCGGUAUGAGCAGAGACCUGUACUCGGUAGAUUACUACAGGAUAGAAGGCCGAGCAAUGUUGCCAAUUAGAUGGAUGGCCUGGGAAAGCAUUCUUUUGGGAAAAUUCACGACGAAGAGUGACGUUUGGGCGUUUGCCGUCACCAUGUGGGAAAUUCUCACCUUCGCCAGGCAGCAGCCCUAUUCUGACCAAAUCGAUGACAAAGUCAUCGAAAACGUCAGCCACUUCUAUCAUAACGAUGGACUACAAGUGUACCUUCCUCAGCCCCCCGGAUGUCCUAAAGAAAUUUACGAUCUCAUGAAAGAAUGUUGGCAACGGAACGAGCACGACAGACCCAACUUCAGGGAGAUCCAUUUGUUCUUGCAAAGGAAGAAUCUUGGUUAUGCGCCUCACGUGUGAAACACUCUUAAGAACUCCUCCGAACAGUUUUGGGUGUUAUCCGUCUUUUUUUCUCCUGAUGGGCUGCAAAGGAGAAAUGUAUUUAUUUUACCGUGGUUACGGUUCGCAAAUGUAUUUCUUUGCGAGAAGGAUUGCUAAGAAAGCUUGGUGUUUGAUACUCAAGCAUGGCUCAGUAUUUAGGAUGUAUGACAGUGUAUGGCAAAGACACUUAUAGCUGAAGUUAUUUCUUGAUCAGUUCUUAUGAAAGAAAGUAAAUUAUAAUUAUCUCAAGUUUUUCUUUGCACAACAGCUCCUGAGUUUAUCGGAUAAUUCGAAGAAAGUCUUUUUUAAGUUAAAGGACACAUUAAAAAUUCAAUAUGUAUUACAAAGAUUAACAUUCUACAAGAAUCAUUUAAAGGAGCUCUAAGCACAAACGCAAAUUUGGCGCAGUUUAGUCUAAAAAGGCUCUUGCGCUAUUAAACCAAAUACAACCAACCAACAAACGCAAAAAAAAUAUUCAACAAAAAAGUGAUUUCAUAUUAUAUUGUUCAUUUUUAAUAGUGUAUAUAUUAAUCAGUAACUUGAAAAAAAGUGUACAAUAGCAGCAAAAGCAAUGUAUCUAAACAUCUUCUACCAACUCUUACGUUUUCUGACUUUUUUACUAGUAUAUCUCAUUGUAGUAAUAUACUUUUUGUAUUGUAUCCUUCUUCGCUUAAAUAUUCACAGUAAGUUAUUGUUCAAUUUGUCUAAACUAACUUCUUACUUGUUUAUCUUCAUGUACACCUAAAAUGUAAUACAUGGGGUAACCUGUUAUUUUAUUAUACUAAA